AUGGCAACCACACCGUCAUAUAAUAAUGACAAAGUGGUCACAGGCGAAGUGGAGUAUCCUGCUGGCGAUCCAGCUUCAGGGGCUUUCUUUCAACCGGAUUAUAAAAAAAAUGAAGACUUAAAGCAGAUGUUAGAUGGGUCCAAAGACUCAUUAAAACUGGAGGCAAUGAAGAGGAUAAUAGGAAUGAUUGCAAAAGGGAGAGAUGCUUCAGACUUAUUUCCUGCAGUUGUGAAAAAUGUUGUAUCUAAAAACAUAGAGGUUAAAAAAUUGGUGUAUGUCUAUUUGGUGCGUUAUGCUGAAGAACAGCAAGACUUGGCUCUUUUGUCUAUAAGCACAUUCCAAAGAGCACUUAAGGAUCCCAAUCAACUAAUACGAGCAAGUGCUCUUCGUGUUUUGUCUUCCAUUCGAGUACCAAUGAUUGUGCCUAUUGUGAUGCUAGCUAUUAGAGAUUCAGCAAGUGACAUGAGCCCCUAUGUGAGGAAGACCGCAGCACAUGCCAUACCCAAGUUAUAUAGUUUGGAUCCAGAUCAGAAAGAGGAAUUAGUGGCUAUUAUAGACAAGUUGCUAUCGGAUAAAGCACCACUUGUUGUUGGCUCAGCUGCUAUGGCUUUUUCCGAAGUUUGUGCAGACAGGAUGAGUCUUAUACAUAGAAGUUAUAGGCAACUUUGUUCGUUAUUAGCAGAUGUCGAUGAAUGGGGACAGCUUGCUUUGCUAAAUGUACUUACAGUGUAUGCUAAGACUUGCUUCCCGGAUCCCAACAAUGAUAAUUAUUCGAGCGAGAGUGAAACGGAAAAACCAUUCUACGAGUCUGAUAGCGAUGCGAGUGAAACUCAAAAGCGUACAUCCAGCUCACCGACAGUCGAUCCGGAUUUGAGACUGCUAUUGAGAGCCGCUAAACCGCUAUUGCAGAGUAGAAAUGCUGGCGUCGUGAUGGCCGUGGCUCAGCUGUUUUAUCAUUGCGGUCCAGUGCAAGAGUUGCCACCUGUAGCUAAAGCGAUGGUUCGUCUUCUGCGAGCUCACGUUGAAGUCCAGAGCGUCGUACUCAACUCCAUUGCAGCUCUCACUGUGACUAAGCGAGCCCUCUUCGAGCCCUUUUUAAAGUCGUUCUUCGUCCGCAACUCGGAUCCAACGCAUGUAAAGUUGCUAAAACUCGAAAUCCUAACGAAUCUAGCGACGGAGGCCAGUGCGCCGGUUGUACUGCGCGAAUAUCAGACGUAUGUCACAUCUAGUGAUAAGGCGUUUGUCGCGGCGACUAUUCAGGCAAUCGGGAGACUCGCUGUCGCCAUACAAACUGAGACUGAGACAUGCCUCAACGGAUUGUUGCAUUUGCUCUCGAGUAAAGAUGAGUGGGUGGUGUGCGAAGCAGUUGUGGUGGUAAAGCGAGUUGUAGGAGGUGGAGCUAGUUCUGCUCGUGCUGCUGUUUCCCGAGCUGCAAAAUUGCUUCGAUCUGAUAGAUUGGCUGGCAAUGCCCGUGCAGCUGCCGUAUGGCUCGUAGCAGAACACGGGGCAAAGCACCCGCGUGCGGCAGCCAUCUUAGCACAUAUGAUCUCCAACUUUGCUGAUCAGGAUGAAUUAGUAAAACUCCAAUUACUGUCGCUCGCUGUGAAACUGUCUAUAACGCAACCAGAUACACUGCCAAUGUGUCGUUACGUGUUGCAUCUCGCUCGGUACGAUGCAAGUUAUGAUGUGCGAGACAGAGCGAGAAUGUUGCGGAAGUUUAUCGAGCCGCAAAAUGAUUCAUUGCUGGCGCAGUACGCUGCUGAUAUCUUCUGCCCAGACAAGCCUAAGCCUACAAUCCAAAGCAGUUUUAAGGAUCGCGACCAAUACACCUUGGGCUCUCUCUCGCAGUACAUCGGCAGCGCAGCGGGCUGUUAUACACCGCUACCCACUUCACCCGCAGAGCCGGUGGCAGCUGAUUUGCGCGAACCACCUCCAGUGGAAACUCAGCCUGCUCCUGUUCAGAAAAACAAAACGUUUUACUCGGAGCCCGAGGGCGACUCAGGAUCUACAUCUAGUGGUUCAGAGACAUCUAGUGGUUCAGAAGAAUCCUCGGAAGAUGAAGAAGAAAAGCAUGAAGAUGAAGAAAAACCGAAGGAAGCCAAUAAUUAUAAAUCGAACUCUGAAACUUCGGACAGUGAGUCAGAUAGCGAGACAUCAAGCUCGGACGGAAGCGGAUCUGAUAAUGAGGAUAGCAGUGACGAGGCGCCACAGACUAACGAUGACCAGCAAGAACAAAAAGAAGAGUCUAAUAAGAAUGAGAAGUCGAACUUGGAACUACUCUUAGAGCUGGACGAGGUGGCAAGCACUCUACCCACUAUGACCCCGACUUGUGGGGGAUUCCUAUCCCCACCAACUGUACCACCGAUGGGUUUAAGCGAAGCGGACAUGAUAACGCCAGUUGGCCCAAGCAUCGUGCCCAACAAAAGCACUGAAUUGAUAUCGCGCGUGAUGUCCGGAGGCUUGUCUGUCCAUAGCCGUUGGACGCGCGCCCCUCACCUCUACUCGAAUAAGAUGUGCGCAAUACAACUCACUCUUACCAACCAUACAGCUGAUGAAGUCACCAAUAUACGACUCAAUAAAAAGAUUGUUUCUGGAUCUCGCAGUAUUCACGAGUUCUCCCCUAUUUCAUCACUGGGUCCAGGCGCGUCCACCACGACGCUGCUGGGAGUGGACUUCGGGGACUCUAUACAACCAGUCGAGUUCACAAUAGCUAGCUCUCUAGGUGAAAUGAAUAUAGUGAUAACACCACAGGUGGGCGAGUUGAUACGUGCAGUCAAUAUGUCGGAAGUGAGAUGGGCGAGAGAGCAGAGGAAAUUGAGAGGAAUGACUGAGUGUGACAAAAAGGCGCCGAAAUUAGAAAACGAUCUAAUAAUGUGUACGAGAGUUUUCGAGACUGCCAAUUUGGGUGCCGUAGACUCGCCUACCGACUUCCUAAAAUUCGCCGGUCGUCUCAUGUCAUCGCAAGACCUGGUACUGCUCUCUGUGCGUAUAGAAAGUGACCACUCCGUAGUAACAGUGAAUUGUCCAAACAUGGCUAUCGCUUCGAUGCUAGCUAACGACAUUUCCAGUUCUUUCAGUAAAUAUUAUUAA